AUGAAGCAACAGAAACAAAAUAAAAGAAGGGGGGAGAGACAUGUGGGCCCCACCACAGAGGAGUUGGGUGGGGACCACCAGUUGGUGGUAUCCGUGGGUGUGUCGGACAAGCCGUAUGGUCCUCUUCCUUUCUUAUUAGAUUUUGAAAAGUAUAAAGGAGUCAAAUUCAUUUUAUGUGAUGAUCCUUUGUCAAUUCAUAAGGAACAAAGGAAG